AUGGUGCCGCAACUCGGGUUGGUGGAGAAAGGGUAUGGCGCAGAGGAAUAUGAGACGAAAGAUGUCGACCUUCUUACCGCAGCUAAUUUCCACCCCGAAUACCUGAAGAUCAACCCAAACGGAACCGUUCCCUCCCUAACAGCGGCGUCACUCGACAAGCCCCUCAUAGAGAGCGCUGACGUUCUGACAUACCUAGAUCAAAAACGGCCAAAUUCUGGUGUUGAACUCACGCCGAAGGACCAGAAGACUCAAGAGAUCGUUCAAAAACUGGUCGACCUCGUACACUCUGGCGCACUAAGCACAAACCUAAUUCUUCUCAUGGCACGAGACAAAGAAGAAUUCCAAGCCAAGCAGUCCAGCAUGUGGAAGGACUUCGUGGGCACCCGGCAGAAAGUCCUUGAGCAGAACCGCGCCGAGCAUCCCGACCACGAGUUCUACGGAGCGAAAACCGUGGAAAAUGGAACGCUGAAUGAUCUGUAUACCUCGUCAGAAGUCGGCCCUGGCCAUGAAGGAUUCUUCGCGCAUUCUCGGGAAGGCUAUCAAACAUUCGCCGAGGGACUCGCCAAGCUGGAUUCUUUACUUGUGUUGCCGUAUGCAGCGGGAAAAGAAGUUACACUGGCGGACUUGCAUAUUGUGCCGUGGCUGGCCCAUGCUAUGUGGGGAGCUGGGGCGAGUGAUGUGGAUGAUUUUGGGCCUCUGGAGGAGCUGGUUCAGAAGACUGUGCCGGGCUUCAAAGUUGGCGGGAAGAUCCGCCAGUGGUGGUCAACGUUUGGUCAGAGGGAGUCUUUCAGAAAGAUUUACCCUGCCCUUCAUUAG